AUGGUCACUACCCAAUCCAUGCUUGCCGAGAUAGGCAGCGGUACCGCGUCCGAGCUGACGCCAGACUCGCCGCCAGGUCCUACCUUCAUUCAGUCGCUUGACGAGGUGCUCGUUGCGAGCCGCCCACACCCCGGAGGGUCCACGCUGCAGCGCGGCGACCUGGUCGAGGUCAUCGGGCCCAGUGGGUCGGGGAAGACGGCGCUCUGCGUGUUCCUCCUCAUGACGACGCUGUUGCCAGCAACGAUGACAGUGGGUGGUGUGGAGGUCACGAUCGACGGGAGAGGGAAGAAGGCAGCAAUCCUGUCCCCGCCGUCACAUGCUUCCGUGCGUCCCGCUUUGCGGCGCGCUAUGCAGCGGCAUAUCGAGGACUGCCUCCAGCAGGUUCCGCACACGGCCGCGGACGUUGACAUCGUCAUUGACGCUGCGCUCGCCAACCUGACUGUUGUGAAGCCUCAGCCGCGAUGGACGUCCUGGGCCGUCGCCCUCCGCAAGAUUGCGACCAAAAAGGACCUCGAGAUGGUCGUGUGUGAUGGGUUCGGGGACGGGUACUGGGUGGAGAGGUGGGAGCACGAGGAGCGAAGGGCGGGGAACACGAUGCGCGACGCCUGGGACGCUCUCACGCAUCUCCGGCAGACGGUCGGCGCCGUGGUCGUCGUGACGGUACAGGGACUGAAGCCGCACUUGCCUGCUCCGUAUCCUUCUGUCUUUGACGGGCAACGGUGGGGCAUCACGUUCCAGCUGACGUUGCUGGGGAGGAAGAGGUCGCUCCAGUUCCCCGCGGAAACGACCGCGGUCGAGGCGCUACGCGCUCGACACUUGGGCCAAACGCAGGAGUACAUCGGCGUGCUCCGGAUACCGGGCGGUGGAGGUGAAGCGGGCACGCCGCGAGGUGCGCGGUGGACGUUCGUGAUCGAUGACGCUGGGCUUGUCGCCGCAUGA